AUGGCGGACAUUGCUACCAAACUCCCAGAUGCAAGCUGGGUCCGUCUCGAAAUUGAGCCUGUCCAAGUGAGCCAUGACGGAGAUGAGACUCUCAACUUUGCGACUGUCCAAUCUGUGGUCCCAGGUGCUCAUGGACUUUACUAUCGAGAUGACGGAGAGAGAAAAGCUCUCUUGUUCGACAACAACACCGGCAAGGUUUACCCGCCGCCAAACGGAUGGGAUUCAGUGCCGAUUUUUAUCCAUUUGGCACACGGAUCACGCCACGGAACCCACUUUGCCGACUACUCAAAGGCCAACGACGCAUUUGAAAGAAACAUUUCGGCUGUUCAGAAACUUUUCGCUGCUGCGGGGCUUGGCGGCGCGAGAUCGAACAAAGUUUACACGACUGGAAAGACCCGCGCUCGUAGCACAUCGAAGAAGAAUCAGCCGAGAAGCCAGUUUGAUGCUCAACCAGAAAAUGUGAAUAUCAGCGAGGAGAGCGAGGGAAGAGACUCCGAGAAGGAGAAGAACGAUAGACAGGUUGAGAAGCUGAAGAAUAGAAACGAUGAAUUGAAGAUUAGAGUAAAAGAAUACAAAUCCGACUUGUCCGCUGCCCAGCUGAAAAUCAAAAAUCUUGAGAAGAAGUUGGAAACCGUCAAGUCUACUGGAUAUUUUGACGAUAAUGGUGACAAAUUUGUCCGCAUCGACUCAGAAUCCGAUGAGAAAACUCAGGAUCACGACGAAGAGAUCAACAACUUGCACAAUGUGAUUGAAGAACUUCGAAACAAGUUGGCUGCUGUUGAAUCCAAGAAGAAGGAGAUUGAAAUCAAGUUCUCUGAGAACCAGGAGUACUUGAAAAACGCCAAGGAUAAAGUUACUUACUUGGAGAACCAGCUCAACUCUGAUGCUCACGAGGAAGUGAAGAGCACCACUGUCCGAGCUCUCGAGGUCAAACUCGGUUUGGCUCAGAACUCCAUCCGUCAAGUUGAGGCUGAUAAGCAACAACUUCAAGAGGCAAACUGGUACGCCAACGAACGCGUCGGAAAGUUGGAACAAGAGAACGGAUAUUUGAAGGGAAUCACGGAGCAAUUGAAGGCAAGAGCUGACAGCUCACACGUUGAGAAAUUGCUCAAAGAAAGCGAGAAACGUGUUCACGAGAUCAACGAGGAGAAAAGCAAGCUUGAAUGGCGGCUCGGAGAACUCUCUCAAUGGUGGAACGAUGCUAAAUGGAAGGUCGGAGAGUUGGAAUCUUCCGUUGCACUUCAGAGAAAUUUGCUCGACACGGCAAACUCGAAGAUUCAAAGUCUUAACGAUGAAACCCACUCUAGCACCAUGACCAUUCCUACUGACGGAUUUACUAUUAGCCAAGGCAACAGAGGAACCUGGAAUCUUGCCAACGCAUCCUCCCAACCAUGUUUCACCGGCGCCAUCCCAUCGAUCCCACUCGUCUCAGCUCUCCCAUUUGCCGGUGCCAACCCGUUCAUCUUUGGUGGUGCGAACGAGGGAAGAAAUGUUACGUUGACCAUCGCACAUACCGACCAUGAAGUUUAUUUGACGGGAUCUUUUAUCAACUGGAAAUGCACUUUGAAAUGCGAGAAGUUGUCCAGCGGUAAGAAAGGAGUCACAGUCAACUUGACGCGCGGAAGACACGAGUUCCGCUUCAUGAUCAACGGCGAAUGGUCGACAUCUUCCGACUACCAACAGGUGCCAAACGGCUUGGGCGGUCAGAACAACGUUAUCUUUGUUGAAUAA